AUGGUUGUUAAUAAUCCAAAUAAUUGGCAUUGGGUCGAUAAAAACUGUCUUUCAUGGUCAAAAGAUUAUUUUAAAAGUAAAACUGUUGGUUUGAAAGCCGAAAAAGCUGAAAAAUCAGUAGCUGUUGAAUCAGUCUCUUCAGUAGAAGGUGAUUGUGAAGUUAGUCAACGUAAGGGUAAAGUAAUUUCUUUAUUCGAUUUGAAGAUAGUCUUGAAGUUUGAAGGUAAAGUUAAAGAUGAAGAUGUUAGUGGAUCCAUCACUAUACCUGAAUUAGCUUAUGAUACUGAAUCAGAUGAGAUUCAAUUUGAUAUUAGUGUUUAUAAUGAAAACUCAACAAAAGAUGAAAUCAGACCUUUGAUCAAAUCUGAAAUCUUACCAAAAUUAAGAGACAUUUUAUCUAAGUUCGGAAGUGAUUUGAUUGAAACCAAUAGUUCAGAUAUUCAAUUGGAAAGUGAUAAAGUUAAUAGUGUUUUCACCAAAGCUAAUCAAGAACAACAAAAGAAAGGAUUGAAAUCAGAUAAACCAACUCCUAAAGCUACCACUAGCACCACUUCAUCAACUUCAGCUUCAACUUCCAAAUCUACUAAACCUGUUAGUUCCAAUAAUGUACCUAAAUAUAACACUUCUACAUUACAUUUAGAACCAACAUUUAAUACCACAUCUGAGCAAUUAUAUAUCACAUUACUUGAUCCUCAAAGAAUUGCUGCUUGGUCAAGAUCUCCACCAUUGAUUGAACCAUUACCAGCUAAAUCCGGUUCAAAUUUCAAAUUCUUUGGUGGAUCGAUCAAUGGUAAAUUCACCAAGUUGGUAGAGAAUGAACAAAUAGUUCAAGAUUGGAGAUUAGAAGACUGGAAAGAUGGACAUUUUGCUAAAUUGGAUAUCUCAUUAAACCAAGGUAGUUCUGAAACUAAAAUGGUUGUGAAAUUCUCUGGUAUUCCAAUUGGUGAAGAAGAUAGAGUUAGAAAUAAUUUUGAAGAUUAUUACAUCAAAAGUAUCAAAAUUACCUUCGGUUUUGGUGCUGUUCUUUAA